ACAGAGGGUGGAAAGGCGAGAGCGGAGCUCCAAGCCCGGCAGCCCGAGAGGAAGAUGAACAGUCCCAGGCCAGAGCCUCGGGCAGAGUGGACCCCGAGCCGCCCCCAGGUAGCCAGGAGCGGCCUCAGCAGCAGCCGCAAACUCCAGUAGCCGCCCGUGCUGCCCGUGGCUGGGGCGGAGGGCGGCCAGAGCUGGGGACCGAGCCUCCGCGCCACCUGCGCGCACUGCCUCACACCUGAACGCUGUCCUCCCGCGGACGAGACCGGCGGGCACUGCAAAGCUGGGACUUGUCUCUGAAGGAAAAAAAAAAUAGCGACCACUGAGACCGGCUCUGAGAAGCUGAAGAUUUGGCAAUUUCCAGACUGAGCGGGACAAGGUGAAAGCAGGUUGGAGGCGGGUCCAGGACAUCUGAGGGCUGACCCUGGGGGCUCGUGAGGCUGCCACCGCUGCUGCCGCUACAGACCCAGCCUUGCAUUCCAAGGCUGCGCACCACCAGCCACUAUCAUGUCCACUCCCGGGGUCAAUGCGUCAGCCUCCUUGAUCCCCGACCGGCUGAACAGCCCAGUGACCAUCCCGGCGGUGAUGUUCAUCUUCGGGGUGGUGGGCAACCUGGUGGCCAUCGUGGUGCUGUGCAAGUCGCGCAAGGAGCAGAAGGAGACGACCUUCUACACGCUGGUAUGUGGGCUGGCUGUCACCGACCUGUUGGGCACUUUGUUGGUGAGCCCGGUGACCAUCGCCACGUACAUGAAGGGCCAGUGGCCCGGGGGCCAGCCGCUGUGCGAGUACAGCACCUUCAUUCUGCUCUUCUUCAGCCUGUCCGGCCUCAGCAUCAUCUGCGCCAUGAGUGUCGAGCGCUACCUGGCCAUCAACCAUGCCUAUUUCUACAGCCACUACGUGGACAAGCGGUUGGCUGGCCUCACGCUCUUUGCAGUCUAUGCGUCCAACGUGCUCUUUUGCGCGCUGCCCAACAUGGGCCUCGGUAGCUCGCGACUGCAGUACCCAGACACCUGGUGCUUCAUCGACUGGACCACCAACGUGACGGCGCACGCCGCCUACUCCUACAUGUACGCGGGCUUCAGCUCCUUCCUCAUUCUCGCCACUGUCCUCUGCAACGUGCUUGUGUGCGGCGCGCUGCUCCGCAUGCACCGCCAGUUCAUGCGCCGCACCUCGCUGGGCACCGAGCAGCACCACGCGGCCGCGGCCGCAGUGACCUCGGUUGCCUCUCGGGGCCACCCCGCUGCCUCCCCAGCCUUGCCGCGCCUCAGCGACUUUCGGCGCCGCCGGAGCUUCCGCCGCAUCGCGGGCGCCGAGAUCCAGAUGGUCAUCUUACUCAUUGCCACCUCCCUGGUGGUGCUCAUCUGCUCCAUCCCGCUCGUGGCAAACUGGAAGUGGAGUCAUAAAACAACUGAUGGGAUGUCAGAUGAGUGUGAAGCACAUCUAUACAUACAAGAGAAAUGCCACAAAUUUGGGUGCGAGUAUUCGUCAACCAGUUGUAUCAGCCAAGUUUGGAGCGAGAAGUCAGUAAAAAUCCAGAUUUGCAGGCCAUCCGAAUUGCUUCUGUGAACCCCAUCCUAGACCCCUGGAUAUAUAUCCUCCUGAGAAAGACAGUGCUCAGUAAAGCAAUAGAGAAGAUCAAAUGCCUCUUCUGCCGCAUUGGCGGGUCCCGCAGAGAGCGCUCCGGACAGCACUGCUCAGACAGUCGAAGGACAUCUUCUGCCAUGUCAGGCCACUCUCGCUCCUUCAUCUCCCGGGAGCUGAAGGAGAUCAGCAGUACAUCUCAGACCCUCCUGCCAGACCUCUCACUGCCAGACCUCAGUGAAAAUGGCCUUGGAGGCAGGAAUUUGCUUCCAGGUGUGCCUGGCAUGGGCCUGGCCCAGGAAGACACCACCUCACUGAGGACUUUGCGAAUAUCAGAGACCUCAGACUCUUCACAGGGUCAGGACUCAGAGAGUGUCUUACUGGUGGAUGAGGCUGGUGGGAGCAGCAGGGCUGGGCCUGCCCCUAAGGGGAGCUCCCUGCAAGUCACAUUUCCCAGUGAAACACUGAACUUAUCAGAAAAAUGUAUAUAAUAGGUAAGGAAAGAAAUACAGUACUGUUUCUGGACCCUUAUAAAAUCCUGUGCAAUAGACACAUGUAUGUCACAUUUAGCUGUGCUCAGAAGGGCUAUCGUCAUCCUCCAACUCACAUUCGAGAACAUCCUGCCUUUUGAGCACUUUUCAAACAAUCAAGUUGACUCACAUGGGUCCUGAGGCCUGCAGCACGUCAGAUGCUACCCCACUAUGACAGAGGAUUGUGGUCACAACUUGAUGGCUGGGGAGACCUACCCUCAGUUUUUCUACUAGAUAGGAGGAUGGCAGGAGUUUGGCUGCUGUCAUAACAUCCAGAGCUUCGUCGUAUUUGGCACACAGCAGAGGCCCAGAUAUUAGAAAGGCUCUAUUCCAAUAAACUAUGAGGACUGCCUUAUGGAUGAUUUAAGUGUCUCACUAAAGCAUGAAAUGUGAAUUUUUAUUGUUGUACAUAUGAUUUAAGGUAUUUAAAGUAUUUUCUUCUCUGUGAGAAGGUUUAUUGUUAAUACAAGGUAUAAUAAAAUUAUCGCAACCCCUCUCCUUCCAGUAUAACCAGCUGAAGUUGCAGAUGUUAGAUAUUUUUCAUAAACAAGUUUGAGUCAAAGUUGAAAAUUCAUAGUAAGAUUCAUGUCUAUAAAAUAGAUACAAAUUUUUAAGAGAAAGAGUUUGGUAUUAUCAAAGGGAUAAAGAAAAAAAUACUAUUUAAGAUGUGAAAAUUACAUUCCAAAAUACUAUUCUUUCCAGGCUAUGUAUAAAAUACAUAGUGAAAAUUGUUUAGUGAUACUACAUUUAUUUAUCCAGAAAACUGUGAUUUCAGGAGAACCUAACCUGCUGGUAAAUAUUUUCAACUUUUUCCCUCACUAAUUGGUACUUUUAAAGAUGUAACAUAAAUUUUUUAAAGUCUAAUAAAUAACCCAUAAUUGAAGUGUAUAAUAUAAAAAAUUUUAAAAAUCUAAGAAGCUUAUUGUUUCUCUGAAAGUGUGUGUAGUUUUACUUUCCUAAGGAAUUACCAAGAAUAUCCUUUAAAAUUUAAAAGGAUGGCAGGUUGCAUCAGAAAGCUUUAUUUUGAGAUGUAAAAAGAUUCCCAAACGUGGUAACAUUAGCCAUUCGUGUAUGUCAGAAGUGCAGAAUUGGGGCACUUAAUGGUCACCUUGUAACAGUUUUGUGUAACUCCCAGUGAUGCUGUACACAUAUUUGAAGGAUCUUUCUCAAAGAAAUAUUAAGCAUGUUUUGUUGCUCAAAGUGUUUUUGUGAAUUGCUUGGUUGUAAUUAAAUUCUGAGCCUGAUAUUGAUAUGGUUUUAAGAAGCAGUUGUACCAAGUGAAAUUAUUUUGGAGAUUAUAAUAAAUAUAUACAUUCAA